AUGCUGAAAAACUCAUAGACUAGCUGUUAUUCAUUACAAAAAUCUGGAGAGUCAUAGUCAACGUAAGAUACUUGCAAAAGUAUUUUCAAAAUUAAUUAAUUAGAUACAUAUAAAGGAUAAAAAAAAUCUGUCUUAUUAAUACUAAACCAAAGUUAAUUAAUAGACUAACCAUUAGAAGUCUAAUCAAUGUUUAUAUUUCCUUCAUCAGCAGAUGACUCUAGGACUCCAAUCUUUAUAGACUGUCCUGCUUGUCGUUAGAAAUCUGAAACCUUAAUUGCCUACUAAAAUGGGAAUUAUACCUAUUUUUGUGCUAUCCUCUUACUUCUAUUUUGUUUUCCUUUUGCAUUUUUACCAUUUUGCAAGAAUGACUGCAAAGAUGUAAUUUAGCAUUGCAGUAAAUGUGCUGCUACAGUUGGAUAAGCCUAAUUCAAACCAUUUCGGAGUUGA